ACAUUGAGCACCAUAAAUGACAAUGUCUCCUACUCAUGGAUUUCAAAGAUCCCAAUUCAGUCACUUGCUGACAUUAGGCUCUGCGCAGCGCAAUAUCCGUUUGUUCUCCGCCGCCAGCUACAGAUUCAGCUCCUCUUAUCUGUCGUCACCCCAAACACCACCAACACAAGAAUCAACGGCUGUCAAGAAAGCGAAACCACACAGAAUUGACCCGCGAUGGCUGACGGAUACCAAACGACGGAUUGGAAAAUGUCUUAUGUUCGGCUUGAAACCGGCGCAAGUGGAUGAGGCGGGGAGGAUAUUACAGCGUUUAGCGAGGGAUUGGAGGGAAUUGAUAGCUGGUACUGAUGGGUUUUUGACGCAUACAACAAGGCGAGCGCUUUUUCGUCGUGAUGUUGUGUGGGGGGAUAUGGACUCCAUGGUAAGAUCCAGACCUGGCCGUCUUUUCUCAACUCGUGAUUUGAUUUGCGCCAGAGCUGAUCAUGCGUAUCUAGGUUUCCGUCCAGGCCAUAUCAACAAUGUAGCAUAUGUACGGUACGCUGAAACGGCACGAGUCAACUUAAUGCACAACUACGCAACACAUAUCGAUCCUGCGCACCAACAGGAAUGGCUGAACACAGUUGGGAAUAAAGGGAUCGGCUUAAUCUUGCAAAGUAUCAAGAUAGACUAUAAAUUUCCCAUGACCUGGCCCGACAAAAUCACAGUCUACCACCGACUCACUCAGAACCCAUCAGAUACUCUGACAAAAUCAUAUUUCCAGCAAGAAGCUCUGAUUCUGUCGGAAUGUAAACAGCGUCCGGCGGCACGAGUCAUAGAACAGAAUUUCCUAUAUGACUACACGCAACUGCGCAAAACGGACACUGCGCCGGAAUUUAUGCUGCAACAGUUUCAAGAGGCAUGGGCGCUGCAAGAGGAGAGUAAGAAACUGUGGCAGCAACAAGUUGCCGAUAUCGAGAAUGAGGUGCGCAGGCUGGAGCUGGAGAGUUGGAAUAAUCCUAAUGCGGUUGAGGAUAUGGGAUCCGCUGGAUAG